UUAAAGCUCCCGUCACGUGAUCCUGAUGUCAGUCUUUGCUGUAGCGGUCGUGAUAAAGUGUUCAAGACGAGCUAAAUUAACCUCACAGCUAGCAUAUAUAUAAAUAUAAAAAGUGUAAACUUGUAACCAGAAACGUUAGUGGGUUUUGUUUCCAAAACAGAGCUUUGACAUCUCAACAAAUCCGAGUGCGCGUGACUUUUAUUCUCCCUUUGCUAUUGUUGUGACGCUAACGUUAGCCUAGCUAGCACAACAUCUUGCUAAGCUAGCUGACUAGCUGCGUCUCGUCUUCUUGUUUGUGUUGCUGUGAAUUCGCCCUGAGGAAGAACCGGAGUUGAACCGGAGAAACAUGACUCAGAUCUGUGGUGUCCAGUCAUGGUGCCUGGGAGUCGUGUUACAGGUGAUUUUAGCGGCCCUCCUGCAUCGGGGUUUUGCUGCUGCCCAAACCACCGCUGCGUCGCACAAAGACCCCGGGAGACCUGAGAAAGGAAACUACGUGGUCACCAGCAGCAACGGUACUGAGUGUUUACUGGCAUCCAUGGGUCUCCAGCUCAACAUCACCUUCAACUCUGUCUCCGAGAAUAAGACUGUGCCGGUUAUUAUGAACCUUCAGCCAAAUGCGACGAAGCACUCUGGAUCGUGCGGCUCAGACACCGCCUCCCUGCGGCUCUCGACGGACACAGAGAACACCAACCUCACCUUUGUCUUCACUCUGAAUGCUACGUCCACUAAGUACCACCUGAGUGAAGUGUCUCUGUCGGCAGCCUGGAAGGACAUGAAAGAGCCCGUCUCAGCCGUUAACAGCAGUCUGGACUCCCUGCGGGGCACCCUGGGGUAUUCUUACAUGUGCCGCGAGCAGCAAACUCUGAUUCUGGCUCAGGAUGUGUCCAUCAACACCUUCGACGUGCAGGUGCAGCCCUUCGGCGUCACAGGAGAGCAGUUUGGAGCAGCUGAGGAAUGCAAGUUGGAUGAGGAUGACAUGUUGAUCCCCAUCAUAGUCGGAGCAGCUUUAGCGGGUCUCGUCCUCAUCGUGCUCUUGGCCUACCUCAUCGGCAGGAAGAGGAGCCACGCUGGCUACCAGACCAUCUGAGGUCCCUCGUGUUUCCAGAGGCCAGAGCGCGCUAUCCCACCCUUGAGAUUAACCACUGUUUUAUGAGACUUAACACUCCACCCUGUGCCCCCUCCAUCCCUCAUCCUCCCUGCCUCUGUGUGUGCUGUUCUUUGCCCUCAUCAGUAACACUAGUCAUUCUCACUUUGUGCAGGUUGAUAUGCUCUUUCUGAACUGACCCGCUCAUUCGUGUAAAAAAAACAAAACAGGGGCUCUGUUUGGAGAUUGUAAUGAAAUGAGGAAAAACCUACUGGUACUGCGUAAAGCAGAGGACGGAUGUUGAUCAGAGGGUCUAUGAGCGUUCUCAAAUUGUAUUGUACUAUUUAUGAUUUCUAUGAAAGGAAUUGUGAGGGAUUGUGGGAUUUGAGGGAAUUGCUACUGUAGCUUUUCUCAUUGUUGAUCUGCUUUAGGGCGGCCAUUUUUAGUAGUCUUGCCCUAAAUGAGUUUUGUUAUUAUAAAGGGAAUAUUUCUGACCGUUUAACUUAAGACAAUAAAGAUCUGACAUUUUUUAUUGCAACUCUACAUUUACCCCAAGUAUGCACAUUUUAUGUAACAUACUAAAAACACGGUAAGAAAUCCCCUUCGUAGCUAAAAUGCAUUAUUAAUUUUAUUUUGUAUUCUUUCCCUCUUGAAGGUACUCGACACGUGUUGUAUGGAGACUGUAGAUGCAGCUUUGUAAGAUAUUUAUUUGGGCUUUUUCACUUAAUUUAUGGGGAUAAUUCAAUAUUUUUGGGAAAGAGGUUUAUUUACUUCCUUGCCAAGAGUUAGACGAGAAGAUCGAUACCACUCUCACGUCUGUACGGCAAAUGUAUCGCUACAACCAGCAGCUGGUUAGCCUAGCUUAGCAUAAAGACUGGAAACAGGGAAACGGUUAGCCUGGUUCUGUCCAUUGAUCAGCCUACCAGCACCUCAUAAAAGAACUUUGUGCGGAUUAAACAAACUUGAUGUAACGUGUUCAUCAGUGAGCUUUAGAGGUGAUGGUACGCGGGUGUGUUACUUUUGGACCGUGCUAGCCGUUUGCUCCCUUUAGUCUUUAUGCUAAGCUAAGCAUUCAUAUAUACCACACAGAUGCUUAUCAAUCUUCUCAUCUAACUAAGCACAAAUAUGAAUUUCCCAAAUUGUCAAACUAUUCGUGUAAGUGAUACAAGCCUCUCUUUUGGUUUCUGCUGUUACAAUGUUCAUUUGCUUAAACAAUCUAAACAAAAACAAACUUGUGUUGGUUUAUGUGGAUGUACAAAGCUCAGGACUUCGCUGUCAGAGUGUAAUGUUGAAGACAUUUAGUCCACCGGGUAGUUUCGUUUGUUUUCCCCUCCCCUGAAUAUGGGCCCACUUGGGAUUUUGCUUGCUGAAGGGAACGAAUUUGCACUAAAGUUCUGACAAACAGCCCCAUGUAACGAUUAAAGUGGCCAAAAUGCUCUGGUCAGUGUUCAUCAGUGCCUUCCCAGCUGUAACAUAGAUGGGAUUAAAAAUAAAGCCAAUGCCAUAGAUGUCCCCACUCACUCACUGACACUGUGCUGCCAUGUCUGGGACACUUCCUUUGUGUCGCUCCUUGCCUUCAUGUACUGUUACUACCAUUGUUUGAUGUUGUAGGAGAAAGUAAAGAUGUUUUUUUCUCUCCCUCAUCUAAAUGUCCAUGUAGUGAUUUAAUAAGGUUUUAAUGGAUUAGUUAGAACUGUUUUCUAAAGAAGAGGUCAAUAAAAUGAAUGAACAAGA